AUGAUGGGUUGCCACACUCGGUAUGCCAUAUUUGGACCGCAUGUCCGCGCCCGGAACAAUGAUAUGUCCGCUCGGGUGCAGUGCAUGUGGGACCACAGCUUCUCCUCCUCAUCUGGUGGCAAUGUGGCCGUCAGCAGCACCAUCUGUGUCUUGACCGCCAUCAGCCUGCCUAGCUGUUGCAUCUGGGGCCGGAAGUUGACCUGGUCGUUGAGCACCGUGUGGCAUAACCGUGCCACCUUGAUGAUCCGUGACAAUAUUGGUGGGUAG